AAACAAGAGUAAAAACAAGUAUUUUUAAAUAAAUAGGCAUUGGUGUGGAUUGUUAAUUUUUUACAAACAUAUUGUAUUAUGUGGUAUGAUUGUUGAAAUUGUAGACGCCUUGUCCUUUACCUAGUUUCGUCCCAUUUAGUUCCUCAUUGUCUCGGCUCGAAAAAUCCGUCGAAAAUCAGCCGCUCGACAUUAGUCCGACAUAAAUCCGAGGCUUUUCGUCGAAAGGUUAACGCGGAACGAAGCGACGACAACCACCUGACAGCUUCUAGCGACGGGCCACGGUCGAAGGCGGCCGACCUGCGCGCUGCAAUUCGAAAGCGGGAUGACCAGCACGGAAGAUCAAAGAGAAAAUGGCAAAAAACACGGGAAGCGGCACAUCGACCCUCCUGCCACGUGGGACUUCCUCGGCCUGGUCAACGAUGAGACGGAGGCCGAAAUCUUGAAGGAACGCUUCAUCAGGAUAAUGGCAUCGAAGAUGUUCGUCUUCAAAUACGGCCCGUACGAAUUCAGAGGUCUGAUAGCACACAGGAAAAACAGGAUUUUAGGACUGGCGAAAAAAGUUCAGACCGAGAUUGGUGUCAAAGUUUUCCUCUUGCCGAUCGACCUUUUCGACAGGCUCAUAAUUGAAAUUAACGGUUUCACGGUUUUCACCUGCAAAAUAACAAACAUGAAAUUCGACAAUGACUGCCUUGAUUACACUAGCGAACUUGGCUUUAUUAAAUGCCUUGAGGUGGUGAACAGUAUAAAACGUGAUAUAUUGAACGAGAGUGAACCCUGCGCUGACCCAAUCGUUUUAAUGACCAAAUCAAUAUUUUGAGAAAUAAAAUCUAAGCGAUCGCA